GCAGUGCUGGGGCUGAGCAUUUUGGGACCUCACGGGGAGUAUGGCGGACCCCGAAGACCCCCGUGAUGCCGGGGAUGCGCUGGGGGAUGACUCCUUCCCGCUCUCCUCACUGGCCAACCUGUUUGAGGUGGAGGACACCCCAUCCCCUGCUGAGCCAUCCCGGGGGCCCCCCGGUGCUGGGGAUGGAAAGCAAAACCUCCGGAUGAAAUUCCACGGGGCAUUCCGGAAAGGCCCCCCAAAACCCAUGGAGCUGCUGGAAUCCACCAUCUACGAGUCGUCGGUGGUCCCAGCACCCAAGAAAGCCCCCAUGGAUUCCCUCUUCGACUACGGCACCUACAGGCAGCACCCCAGCGAGAACAAACGCUGGCGCAGGAGAGUCGUGGAGAAGCCGGUGGCUGGCACCAAGGGGCCGGCUCCCAACCCACCACCUGUCCUCAAGGUGUUCAACAGACCCAUCCUCUUUGACAUUGUCUCCCGGGGGUCCCCAGAUGGCCUGGAGGGUCUCCUUUCCUUCCUGCUCACCCACAAGAAGCGUCUGACGGAUGAGGAGUUCCGAGAGCCCUCAACAGGGAAGACGUGCCUGCCCAAGGCGCUGCUCAACCUGAGUGCAGGCCAAAAUGACACCAUCCCCGUCCUCCUGGACAUCGCCGAGAAGACAGGAAACAUGCGGGAGUUCAUCAACUCACCCUUCCGUGAUGUCUACUACCGAGGUCAGACAGCGCUGCACAUCGCCAUUGAGCGCCGCUGCAAGCACUACGUGGAGCUGCUGGUGGAGAAGGGUGCUGAUGUGCACGCCCAGGCCCGUGGUCGCUUCUUCCAGCCCAAGGACGAGGGCGGCUACUUCUAUUUUGGAGAGCUGCCCCUCUCACUGGCUGCCUGCACCAACCAGCCCCACAUUGUGCACUACCUGACGGAGAACGGGCACAAGCAGGCAGACCUGCGGCGCCAGGACUCGCGUGGCAACACCGUGCUGCAUGCUCUGGUUGCCAUCGCUGACAACACCCGUGAGAACACCAAGUUUGUCACCAAGAUGUACGACCUGCUCCUCAUCAAGUGCGCCAAACUAUUCCCCGACACCAACCUUGAGGCCCUGCUCAACAACGAUGGCCUCUCUCCACUCAUGAUGGCUGCCAAGACCGGCAAGAUCGGGAUCUUCCAGCACAUCAUCCGCCGGGAGAUUGCAGAUGAGGACGUCCGGCACCUCUCACGCAAGUUCAAGGAUUGGGCGUACGGCCCCGUCUACUCCUCACUCUAUGAUCUCUCCUCACUGGAUACCUGUGGGGAGGAGGUGUCCGUGUUGGAGAUCCUCGUUUACAACAGCAAGAUCGAGAACCGCCAUGAGAUGUUGGCCGUGGAGCCCAUCAACGAACUGCUGCGCGACAAGUGGCGCAAGUUCGGCGCCGUCUCCUUCUACAUCAGCGUGGUCUCCUACCUCUGUGCCAUGAUCAUCUUCACUCUCAUCGCCUACUACCGCCCCAUGGAAGGCCCUCCGCCAUACCCUUACACUACGACCAUCGACUACCUGCGGCUGGCCGGGGAGAUCAUCACCCUCCUCACCGGCAUCCUCUUCUUCUUCUCCAAUAUCAAAGAUCUCUUCAUGAAGAAGUGCCCAGGUGUGAACUCAUUCUUCAUCGAUGGCUCAUUCCAGCUGCUCUACUUCAUCUACUCGGUGCUGGUGAUCAUCACGGCAGGGCUGUACUUGGGUGGCGUUGAAGCUUACCUGGCUGUCAUGGUCUUUGCUUUGGUCCUGGGCUGGAUGAACGCACUCUACUUCACGCGAGGGCUCAAGCUGACGGGGACCUACAGCAUCAUGAUCCAGAAGAUCCUCUUCAAAGACCUGUUCCGCUUCCUCCUCGUCUAUCUGCUCUUCAUGAUUGGCUAUGCCUCAGCACUGGUGUCCCUCCUGAACCCGUGUCCCAGCAGCGAGUCCUGCAGUGAGGAGCACUCUAACUGCACGCUGCCCACCUACCCCUCGUGCCGGGACAGUCAGACCUUCAGCACCUUCCUGCUUGACCUCUUUAAGCUCACCAUUGGCAUGGGUGAUCUGGAGAUGCUGGAGAGCGCCAAGUACCCAGGCGUCUUCAUCAUCCUGCUUGUCACCUACAUCAUCCUCACCUUCGUGCUGCUCCUCAACAUGCUUAUCGCCCUCAUGGGUGAGACUGUGGGCCAGGUGUCCAAGGAGAGCAAACACAUCUGGAAGUUGCAGUGGGCCACCACCAUCCUGGACAUCGAGCGCUCCUUCCCUCUCUUCCUGCGGAGAGCAUUCCGCUCUGGGGAGAUGGUGACCGUGGGGAAGGGCACUGAUGGGACCCCUGACCGCCGCUGGUGCUUCAGGGUGGAUGAGGUGAACUGGUCCCACUGGAACCAGAACCUGGGCAUCAUCAGUGAGGACCCGGGCAAGAGCGAUACAUACCAGUACUACGGCUUCUCCCACACCGUGGGGCGGCUGCGGAGAGAUCGAUGGUCAACGGUGGUGCCACGUGUGGUGGAGCUCAACAAGAGCUGCCCAACGGAGGAUGUGGUUGUGCCAUUGGGGACCAUGGGCACAACAGAGGCACGGGAGCGACGGCACGGGCAGAACCCCAGCUCCCUGCUCUAGCAUGGACUCUGCCUGGCCCCACAGCACCAGUGUGUGUCUGUUCCUCAGGGAUUUGUGCAGCCAAUAUCCCUGCAGUGCCCAGCCCAUUGGGCUCCCAGUCCUGGCAAUUCUGGUGUCUCCGGUGCCACCGCUUUGCUUUCCUGCACCAUUGGCUCCAUUGCGCCAGCAGCUGGGUGCUGGGAGCUCCCCUGCCACCAACCACCAUGGCC